UCAUCGGAAUCAUUAUUGAUUAUCUACAAUGGGUGAAGAAGCAAUUCCAGAUCGUAUAUUAAAGUUUCUUCCACUUCGUUCUUUUAUUCAUCAAGACUUUUGGCAUAAAUAUGCUGAGAUUAAAAUUGACAUCGAUCGUUUAGAUGAUUCCGGGCGUCCAAUUCUCGGAACUAUAGCAAUGAAAAGUGGAACUUCGACAGUGCUGGAGGUUGCUUGCAGUUCUUUCAAUGCCACGUACCAAGAUGACUCUAUGCAAGGGUUUCGAUGCAAAGGCAUUCUAUUGAAUCAUAAUACAUUGGAGUCAUUUAGAAUGUGUGAUAAGAAUUUGCUUCUACGAAAACAAGCUUUGCAGUUUUAUCAUGAUUUGAUGAAACAAGACACUAUCCAGUGCAGCGCGGAUUUGGUACAUUUCAUGUUGCUUUCAUUCGCGGAUUUAAAAACAUAUAAAUUCUUUCAUUGGUUCGCAUUUCCUGUGCCUACAGAAUUGACCUAUAAAUACGACACUGAUCAAAUUAUUCCGUCAAACUUGAAUGAGAAUUUGAGAGAUAGCAUUGCUCAGUUCUUGUACCAAAAGCCAAUACCAAACGAACCGUUCUUUUUGUAUCACACAACUAAUGGCAUUAAACUGUUAUCAGAGUAUAUUCAACAUAGCAAUAUCGUUAACAACUUUCAUGAAGAGGAUAUGGAAAAUUUAUAUUUCUGUUAUUACGAUCCAUCGAGCGAUGUGACUGCUGCCUCUGUGAGUUGGCACUUGCGGCAAAUGCUUACAUAUCUUGUCGUAACAAGUCCUGCGCUAGCUGAACGUGCAAUAGAAUGCAUUCGUGUCACUGGAUAUACAGCAGCUGAACUUCAGUUAUCUCUAAUGACAAUACACCUUCCAAAACACGUAAAAGUUAGCGAUCUUACACUUUGGGCAGGUUGGGAAUCGGAUAGAAAUUGUAAAUAUUUGCCCCGAUUGUCAUCAUUAAACGAUAGCAUGUCGCCCGAAAGCCUCGCUGAAAAUGCAGUUGAUUUAAAUCUGAAACUUAUGAAGUGGCGCCUCAUUCCUACACUCGAUCUUGGAGCAAUUAAACGAACCAAAUGCCUUCUGUUAGGCGCCGGUACUCUGGGAUGCAAUGUUGCCCGAUCAUUAUUGGCGUGGGGUGUCACCAACAUAACAAUAGUAGAUUGCGGUAAAGUUUCCCUGUCGAAUCCAAUUCGACAAUCUUUGUAUCGUUUUGAAGAUGCUGUCAAUGGAGGAAAACCGAAGGCUACAACCGCUGCUGAACGACUACAAGAAAUCAAUCCAGCUGCGAAAAUAAUUGGAUUGAAUCUAAAAAUUCCAAUGCCCGGACAUCCAAUCGGUCAAGGGGACGAAGUUGCAGAUACAAGAGAAUUAUUACAAAAACUUGUAAGUCUUAUUAUGGAUCAUGAUGUAAUUUACUUGCUGACUGACUCACGUGAAAGUCGUUGGCUUCCAACAAUGCUUGGUGCAUUUUAUAAUAAGCAAGUUAUAAAUGCAGCCCUAGGGUUCGAUUCUUAUCUGGUUAUGCGUCAUGGCACAAAGAGCGCCGAUAAUGUUAAUACGAAAGAUGAUGUUGGAUCGCUAUGUCCGGAUGGAUUCCGUAAGAUCGAUUGCGCUGAUUUGGGAUGCUAUUUUUGCAAUGAUAUCGUAGCUCCUGGAAAUUCAAUGAAAGAUCGUACGUUGGAUCAACAGUGCACUGUGACGCGUCCGGCUGUAUCAAAUAUGGCGGCAGCAUUGGCUGUUGAGUUGAUGGUUUCUCUAAUUCAGCAUGGAAAUGCUCCCGCAUACUACCGCAUCCCUAAGUCGGAUACUGAAAGGCAGCAACAAGAGCCAGACGGAUUACUUGGAAUUAUACCUCACUCCAUACGUGGUAACAUUGCUACCCUACAAACGAUGGCUACAGCUACAGAGCGUUACACAAACUGUGUUGCUUGUUCACUGUCGGUUCUCGAACGCUAUGCCUCUAGCAAAGAUGAUUUUAUAAUUAAUGUAAUAAAUGGGACAGAAUCUCUUGAAACAGUGGCUGGCCUCAGCCAAAUGAUGUCCAGCAUAUUUGACGGCAACGAUGCGAAGGAUGCAAUUGACUUUGAAAGUGAUUUGUCGGAUGACUCGUAACUGUUUAAGAAGUAUUAAAUAAACU